AUGUCCACUACACCUGAGGCAGCUCUAAAUGCAUUGCUGGACCUGACUCCUCUGCAUUUAUUCAUACAGAGGGAGGCCAGUACCAGCAUGUACAGGCUUACCACUAGGUUAAGGAGUAGAUGGCUUUCCCAGACAUUGAGAUCAGCCCAAGACUCAAUUCUAGAGCACUCUGUUCUGGGAAUGACUUCUGAUGUCAUGCUUCCCAAACAAAACUUUAAAAUACUCUAUCAGGUAGAAUUUCCAACUAAGGAGGACUGGGAAACUAACAGUCACACCUGGAAGGACGGCAGCCUUCUAUGGUAUACCGAUUGGUCUAAGAUGGGACCCAACGUAGGCUGUGGUAUACACGGUGUGAGACCCAGGCUCAGCUACAAGCUGAACAAGGGACGAUACUCCUCUAUCUUUCAGGCCGAAGUGUACGCCAUAAUUACUUGUGCCGAUUUGAACCUGAAGAGAGGCUACUUUGAUAAGCAUAUUUACAUAAACUCAUAUAGUCAAGCGGCUCUACAUGCACUAGCCUCAGUCACCCAAACAUCGAGGAUUAUAGACAACUGUGUAAAUAUACUGAACACUCUCGGGGAAAGUAAUAUAGUGGUACUGCGCUGGGUUCCAGGCCACUCUGACAUCGAGGGUAAUGAGUCAGCGGAUGAACUGACAAAGGCUGGUGCUAGGGAAGCCUUUAUUGGUCCCGAACCCUUCAUAGGGAUAGCAUACAGCCUGGCAAAGUUCACUGUGCUAAAUGAGAGCACACAUCUCUCCCGAGAAGCGUGGCUACAGAACAAGGGCCUUGAGCAAUUAUUGAACACGGGCACCACAAACAGACAGAUAGAGUCUGAUCCGGAUAAACCGGAUAUACAAGGGGACGUAGUACGGGACGUAGGGCGGGAUACAACCAAGAUUGUGGACGAUAAGACUAGCUAG